CUUCGCUUUCGCCGAGAGCGCGACUCCUGCUCUGCCUCCGCCUACGCCUCCUCCUCCGCUUCCCUUCUCCACCCCACCGCGUGGCCAGCCCACAGACCGCGAGGGGAAGAGGGGAGGGAAACCACGUCGGUGCGCCGCCGAAUCGGUCCGCUUAGGCGGCUUCUAUUGGGCUCUUCCACGAAGAAAAUGAAGUUCCUAACACGGAUAUUAAUGUUUGGUAGAUUAUACUGAGAAUCAGCUUUAUUCUCAACUGCCAUUGGUAGCCACUUAAAAGGAUGGUGAAGCAUAUAUGAUUGUCCAUGAUGAACAUGUGUGUUCCCUUUUCUGAUUAGUACUAAGCUGGAAAUAAAUAAAUCCAAGUUAUUCAUGGAGCAUGCUACCUGUGAUGAUGUGCGUGAACAUGCUAUAACUGUAUCACAUGGAGAAACUGCAUCAACAUCAACCAGUCAUCAAGAUUUGCACAGUGAUUCAGAUGAUCUACAUCUGGAUGAUAGGCCUUCAACAAGCACACAAACCCCAUCACCGCAGUCUUCAGCAUCAACUUCGCCCACUGCAUAUGACUCCAGAAAUUUAUCCUUUCCUAGAAGAGAUAGUAUAUAUGGCCAUGGAAGAAGUAUUUGGAACUCUGGUUUGUGGAUUUCGUUUGAACUGGUCAUAUAUUUAGCGCAGAUUGUAGCGGCUAUUGUCGUCCUUGUCUUUUCAAGAGACGAACAUCCUCAUGCCCCUUUAUUUGCGUGGAUAAUUGGUUAUACAAUUGGCUGCAUUUCAAGUCUUCCUCUUAUUUAUUGGCGCUGUGUCCAUCGAAACAGACCUUCGGAACAAGAACCUGACCAACCACCCACAGCCUAUCCUAAUUUGACUUCCUCUCAAUCAUCAGAAGGACGCAAUCAGCGUAGCAAUGGUACUGUUCUGCAUUUUGGAUGUAUCAUAAUUUCAUGUCCAAGGCCUAGUAUAUUGGCUUAUCAUUUCAAGACAGCUGUAGAUUGUUUCUUUGCUGUGUGGUUUGUUGUUGGCAAUGUGUGGAUUUUUGGUGGGCACAACACUUCGACAGAUGCUCAGGAAGCUCCCAAUAUGUAUAGGCUAUGUUUAGCAUUCCUUGCACUUAGUUGUGUUGGGUAUGCGAUUCCCUUCAUCAUGUGUGCAGCCAUAUGCUGCUGCUUUCCAUGCUUGAUUUCUCUUCUGCGUCUUCAAGAUGAUUUGGGUCAUACUAGAGGAGCUACUCAAGAACUAAUUGAUGCACUGCCAACGUAUAAAUUCAAACCAAAACGAAGCAAAAUGUGGGUUGACCAUGCUUCAAGCUCAGAGAAUCCUAGCGAGGGUGGCAUCCUGGGUCCAGGAACUAAGAAGGAAAGGAUUGUUUCAGCUGAAGAUGCUGUGUGUUGCAUAUGUCUUACCAAGUAUGGAGAUGACGAUGAGCUCCGUGAGCUUCCGUGCACCCACUUCUUUCAUGUGCAAUGUGUCGAUAAAUGGCUCAAGAUAAAUGCAGUAUGCCCACUGUGCAAGACAGAGAUUGGGGGUGUGGUUCGCUCGUUUUUUGGUUUGCCCUUUGGCCGCCGACGUGUUGAUAGGAUGGCAGGAAGAAGUGUAGCUAGCUCAAGAUUUACUGUGUAGAACACGACUUUUUCUCUAGCAUGCUUGCUUUGUUUCUUCUGUUCAUAUACACAAAAAAAACGUGCUCAUGGGAUUGUGGUUUGUUGGUUCGCAAGGAAAUCGAUAAUCUGCUUUUGUCACCCUUAACUCUACCAAAGUGGUGACAGAAAGUGGACACCUGAUGCUUGCAAUGACAAGUUUCUGUAGUAUUGUAGAAAUGAAAAGUAUAUUCUGAUGUAACAUUUGAUAUCAAGGUUGUAAAUAAAUAGCACAAAGUUCACUUUGGAGCUGUAUGGGAAAGGAUAUCAUGACUAGUUAACUUUGUGGCCCAUUCUA